UUACCUCAGCUGUCUGAUCAAAAAAAAAAUAAAAAUAAAUAAACUUUUCAUUUUCUCCGUCUUGCUUUUAAUUUCCUUUCAUUUACCUACUGCAUCGGCUUUGUUUAAGAAAUCCUAGGUUUACAGAGUCGGAGACUGUGAGCUUGAGGCAAACAGAACUUGUUACUAAAUUUUAUGGAUUAUAUAGAUGGGGGAAGAAACGAUUAAAGCUGCAGUAUGGUAUAAUGGUAAAACUGUCAAUCAAGAUGGAAACAACCCACGUUAUGUUGGUGGUAUAGUGAAGUUCAUCGAUGUAGAUCCAAAUACAAAGGUGGAGGUGUUUCUUUGCACUGUUCGAGACAUUUUUGGCAUACCUGAAGCAGUUCCUAUUACAAUUAAAUACCACAUUUUCUUUUCUUCGGAGAUAUCCAAGCUUCUUGAUAUUACUCCUUACGAGUCGCUAAAGUUCAUGCUCCAACCUGGUCUUAUGCUACACCCUUUCUAUGUCGAGGAGAAUUUGGUUGAAGAUGGCACUGGCACAUACCCAAACAUGCCGAGGUGUAGCCGAUCUGCUAGAAACUCCAACGCUAUUCAGUCGCCUUCAACCGGAGUAGAAAUUUCUGUCAAGCCAAGUGCUCGUAUACAUGUUGAUGGUUCUUUGAACCAUGCACAAAACAGUUUCCAAGCUCCAGUGCCGAAUCCCAUUCCCGCGAGGCAGCCCAAUAAACCAAGCGCGAGGGACCGAGACCAACCGGUCAGAUCAGUAAAAGUUGGUGACAGUGUUGGAAGGACGUCUUCUACAAAUAGCUUACAGAUACGGAUAUUUAUCAAGUCACUUUGUGGUCUGGUAAAAACUUUAGAUGUUGAGAGAACUGAAACUGUUGAGAGCAUAAAGGAAAGGAUUCGCAAAACAGAAGGCACUGCAGUCAAGGAUAUAAGACUAAUCUAUCAAGGUAAGCAGCUCGAAGAUGAUCGUGCCUUAGCAGAUUAUCGCAUUACCGACGGAACUACUAUCCAUAUAGUGCAGUGCCUGAGGGGAUGUUAAUUAGGUAUCAAGUAUACUGCUUUGGUACUUGCAUUAUAUACUGCUUCAUUUGAAGGGAUGUUAAUUGGUUUCUAGAAUAUAUGUUUAAAUGGACGUUAAUUAGUAUCUUGAAUUUGUAUACGUUGAAUUCAUGCACGAUUAAUGAGACUGCAGAUCGAGACAAGAUUAAGUGAAGACAGAAUUAGGAUACUUUUGCUGUCAGUAUGCAUAAGGUAUUGGACGUCUGCACAUAACCUGCCACAGCAGUGGCAAACUACCAAACAAGUUGGCCAUGUUUUACUGCCAGAGCAGUGGCAAACUGCAACAACGUACUACCAAGCAAGUUGGCGUGUACCCACAGCGCAGGUCUUGUGUACAAUCCGAGUCUUAUGUAAACUCCGAGUCUUGUGUACACCGUUAUGGUAGCUCUAACUUUCCUGUAUUAUCUCCAUUAGUUGCUUUAGAUCCUAGGAAUUUGCUGUGAUAUAUUCACUAUAUUUGUAAACAUAUAUAUACUCAAUAAAAGAUGAUAGUCGACACAUUGGUGAAAA